CUUUCACCCUCAAUUUAUGGACAAGAAAGCAAGCACGGAGCGUAUGCGGAACCAUGUAGAUGGGUCUGAGAUUGAGUUUGAAUUCGAUAAGGAGGUGUUUGUUUUAAUGCCCCUUGGAUUUCUAUAGGCCGUUUUCAGUCUGGCAAGAACCUUUUCAAUAACCAAAAUGGUUUCCGAGACCGGCGACACUGUUUCCGGCAAUUUCUCAACCAUUGCACCAGCCACCGUUACCGGUGGCGGUCUGAUCAUAUCAAUUACCGAUACCAUCCGUUCAUUCCUCACCACGGCCUCCACAGAUUCGCGCCUGCCAGAAGAUCUCAGGGACCUUUCGUCCUCACUUAUUAUGCACUCGACAGUGCCCUAUAAAUCCCUCAAAACUAUCUGGUUCGGAUCCGAAUGUGAUACUCGGCCCGAUGUAUCCUCUCUGCUUUCCGGUUCUACUUUUGUUUUUACUAGUCCUAAGCCCCGGGAGAAGAGUGAGGAGUUGAAAUUGAGGUUAAAAAAGCUAGAGGAAGCUGUUGAGAGGAAGGCAUAUGAAGAGUUGGUGAAGGACAUUACUCCUAGAAAGGGUGUGGAAGAGCCUUUUUCUUCAUACAAGGAUCAAUUAGGCUUCGGAUUACAUGUCGUGGUUACAAUGUUCACUGGGUACUUACUUGGAUAUGCAGCAUUCAGAGCCUUGUUUAGCCACAGUCCUGCUAUGAGCGCUGCUGGAGGCAUCCUUGGUUUGGUUGGUGCCAUGCUGGUCGAGACACUUCUGUUCAUAGUUAGAUCUUCUAACCAAGAUCACCGAUCCUCUUCUCCCACUUCCCCUUCUUCCACUUUGAGGAUAAAGAAGGAUCAAUAGGCGCCGAAUUACGAAGUUUAUGAUUUAUGUAUUUUACAGAAGAGAAGUGGAGAAUAAAGUAUUGUUCUUGGAGGAUUAAAAGAGAUGAGCAUAUAUGUUGGUAAUUGCAGUAGUGAAAAUUGUUUACAUGCCCAAGUAACUAGUCUUUCCCAGUUUGCUGAUAGGAUCUGUUCUUAUUGAGGUGUAAGUCAUUAUUGUAAACUGAAUAUCUGUAAGUUAAAUGUAACUAGAAAUCCUAUGAACAGGAGUCAGACUCCAAGGAAGGUUGGACGAUGUGAUGUCAUACCUUCAAGGACCUGUGUUCGAUUGGAACGUGAUAUUUUUGUAUUGCUAUCUGAUUGAUAGUUGUAGAAUAAGAAUCAUAGAACACA